GUCUCUGUGUCCCCAGUCCGGGGGGCCUGCUCCCGGUGACCACCUCCAGCCCGGGGGUCUCUGUGCCCCUCAACCAGGGGGGCCUGGUCCCAGUGACCCACCCCCCCCUGCCUCAGCCCAGGGGUCUCUGUGCCCCCAUCCCGUGGGGGGUCUGAUCCCAUGGUCCCCCCAGGUCCUGGGGUCUCUCUGCCUCAUCUGGCAGUCCCAGCGCUGAUCACCCCCAGCCCGGCAGUCCUGUCCUCACCGCCCGCCUUAGCCCACCGGUUCCUGCCCCCCAUUGCCUCAGGACCCUUCCCCUUGCAGAGAGCGGUGGGGCCAGGCCAGCCCCCCCAACACAGCCACCCAAAGGCCCGAGGAAGGGACGAGGACCCAGACCACCUUCCUGCCAUGGCUGGGCAGGGGGAGACCCUGCUUGGGGCCCGUGAGCAGACGUCCCCAGGGGUGACGCUCACCGACAACCUCAUCGCCACGAGGAACCUGCCUCACCUGGUGGAGCCCCCGCGCCCAGAGAGCCGAUCCACGGAGCUGCUGUCCCCCUCCACCAUCCGCUUGGAUCGGGAAAACAUCUGCACUAUCGGGAGGCUCCAGAGCCUGAGGGAGAUUCACAGCCUCUAUCUGCAGCAGAACCAAAUUGAGAAGAUCGAGAAUCUGGUCUGCUUUCCCAACCUGCGGUUCCUCUCCCUGGCUGGCAACCGCAUCCGCAGAGUGGAGAACCUACAGCUCCUGCGACACCUGCGUGUCCUGGACUUGUCCCACAACCAGAUCCAGACGCUGGACCCAGACGAGCUGCCCCGCAGCCUCCGUCUCCUCGACUUAACGGGAAACGAAUGCACCCACCAGCACGGCUACAGAGAGCUGGUGGUGGGAGCCCUGCCCCAUCUCCUGCAGCUGGACGCCCAGCCCAUCCAUGGCGCUGUGUGUGAGGAAGAGGAGGAAGGCGGCUCUUCCAGCAGCGAGGACGAAGUUGACAAGUUGCUCUCUGAGCCGAGCGGCCCUUUCACUGCAGGCAAAGAUUUCUUUGCAGAUCUGCAGGAGGAGCUGGCUGGGCGCUCGCAGCAGAGGCGGAGGGAGUCCCUGAAGGAACACCAGACCCGUCUGGGAGAGCUGGAGGAUCUGCGGGAGCGUCGGGGUCUGCUGCUGCCUGCUGCACCGCUGAGCUCAGGCAGGGGCAGAGCAGCCCCAGGCCCCAGGCGGUCUCAGUCCCCUCCCCAGGCGAAACUGGGGACACAGCUGCCACCCCUGCCAGGACCUGGCAGGCAGCAUGCCUGCCUGCAGCCCCAGCGAGCUCCCGGCAGGAGCCAGCCACGGACCAAGCCUCUGGAGGAAACUCACACCAAAGGAGCACGAAAUAGGCAGUUACCCGCAAUACCCCACGCCAGGACGGCACCGCGCAGUUGCAAUUAA